AUGGUUCUCGCCGAGAGAGGGCCAUUAGAAAAAGAAAGUUGGCCGGUGCAGGAUAUCGUUUACCUCUGCAUUGUCGGGCCACUCAUGCUGGCGGCAGUCUUUGAAUGGCUUCUGUGGCUGGGCUCUUUCAUCUACUGCCUAGUGAAGGUUUAUAGCAAAGCGGACCAUUGGAGCAUCAAAGUCCUUGCUGUCGUGAUGGUAUUCUUGUUCUCAGCAAUGCGAUUGUCCUUUCUUCCGGUUAUGUUUGUGACCCUCCCACUGCCACAGCAAGUCACUCUAUGGGUGCCCCAUGAAAUGGCCCAUGGAUUUCAACUAUACGCUUUUUGGGCCUUUUCAAUCCUGCUUGUUGGGCCAUGGCUCUUCUGCGUGUAUGGUCUGGCUACCAAUUCACUGGGCAGAGCGAAGAAAAUAAAACAAGUUCUUGAUGAUCGAACUGCCCCCAAAACCGUGGUUGUGAUGCCGGUGUACAAGGAAGAGCCAGUAGUCUUGAUCAAAGCAAUCGACUCGGUCGUUGACUGCGAUUACCCCGCCAACUGCAUUCAUGUCUUCCUUUCCUAUGAUGGCGGGACUGUGGAUGAACCCUACCUUCGCGUGCUUCACCAUCUUGGAAUCCCAAUCAACCUGGAAAGCUAUCCGCCGAGCAUCGACGUGAUCUACAAAGGCGCUCGAAUCACUGUUUCUCGUUUCAAGCAUGGCGGGAAGAGACGUUGCCAAAAGCACACUUUCAAGCUCAUUGACAAGGUCUAUGCAGAGUAUUUGAGGCGACAUGAUAACCUGUUUGUACUUUUCAUAGACUCUGACUGCAUACUUGAUCGGGUCUGCUUGCAGAACUUCAUGUACGACAUGGAAAUCAAGCCAGGGAGCAAGCAUAAUAUGCUGGCGAUGACCGGAAUUAUCACUUCAACCACAAAUAAGAACAGCAUACUCACCGUUCUUCAGGAUAUGGAAUACAUCCACGGUCAGCUCUUUGAGCGUUCUGUCGAGUCUGCCUGCGGAGCGGUGACCUGUCUUCCUGGCGCUCUCACAAUUCUGCGUUUCUCGGCCUUUCGCAAAAUGGCCAAAUAUUACUUUUCAGACAAAGCCGAGCAAUGUGAAGAUCUCUUUGAUUAUGGAAAAUGCCAUCUUGGAGAAGACCGUUGGCUCACUCACCUUUUCAUGAUUGGCGCACAGGAACGAUAUCAGAUUCAGCUGUGCACGAGCGCCUUUUGCAAAACUGAGGCUGUUCAGGACUUUAAAAGUUUGCUGAAACAACGUCGAAGAUGGUUCCUGGGAUUUAUUACCAAUGAGGUUUGCAUGAUCACCGAUAUCCGGCUCUGGGUGCGGUACCCCCUGCUAUGUCUGGUACGCUUCAUGCAAAACACCAUCCGAACGACCGCACUGCUAUUCUUCAUAAUGAUGAUUGCACUUUUCACAACAUCAAAAAAGGUCAGUGACCUUCCUGUUGGCUUCAUGGGAGUUUCUCUCGGGUUAAAUUAUCUACUCAUGUUGUACUUCGGCCUCCGACUUAAGCGCUACAAGGCCUGGCUGUAUCCAAUCAUGUUCCUUGUCAAUCCAUUUUUUAACUGGAUAUACAUGGUAUAUGGGAUUUUCACAGCUGGGCAGCGAACGUGGGGAGGACCACGGGCUGAUGCUGCAACGGCAGACGACCAUAGAACACCAGCCGAAGCAGCUGAACUAGCGAGGCAACAAGGCGAUGAGCUGAAUGUGGACGUUGACACAUUCCGUACCAAACCAAUCCGCCGAAGAUCCGUCCCUAUCCGACCAUCAGACAAUGUGGAAGGACGGUUUGCCCCGGCGGAGCAACUGUUGGAUGGCUUCUAUGUCAACACUGCUGGGUCCGGGCCUGCGCUAGCCCGAAUGGUCAAUGCCAUGGAAGCCCCCAAGUACCAGCUACCCCCUCGCUUUCGCUAUUCAACCGAGUCAGUGCUCAGUGCAUCAUCGGAUUAUGACUCCAACUCUGUACAAAUGUUACAAGACGUGGACAAUCUCCUGAUGAGCGAGGAAGACCAAAAGAAACUCUAUUAUGCCCGCCAAGGUCGGGCAUCAACGGGCACAUUCAGCAUUCAGGACUUGGAGGACCCUUUUGAUGAUAGAGAUGCAGUGCACUCUAUGGUGUCUGGAUCUGAAGAGUACGAGCCUGAGGUGCCGGCGCAGGUCUACCAGAUGAACCGCCUCAAGGGUAGGCGUCUUGCGAAUGAUGCUCCAACCACAAGUGAGGCGAACAUAAUCCGGAAACCAUGA